AUGGCAUUCCGCAAAGCGAAUCUGGAAGCUUUCACGAAGAAAUAUGGCGUGAAGUUGUCUUUCAUGUCUCCUUUCUUAAAGGCAUGUGCCAACGCAUUAAUGGACCAGCCCGUCAUCAAUAGUGUCAUUAUAGGGGAAGAUAUUAUAUAUAGGGAUUACGUAGAUAUUUCUGUAGCUGUAGCAACGCCAAGAGGUUUAGUCGUACCAGUACUGCGGAAUGUUGAGUCUAUGGAUUAUCCAAGAAUUGAGCUAGCAAUCAAUGCGCUCGCUGCGAAAGCCAGAGAUGGUAAACUGACUCCAGCAGACAUGCAGGGCGGUACAUUCACUAUCAGCAACGGCGGUGUGUUCGGAUCACUCCUCUCCAUGCCUAUCAUAAACUUACCACAGUCCGCCAUCCUUGGCAUGCACGCUAUAUUCCAGAGGCCUGUAGCUAUUGCAGGAAAAGUAGAAAUCAGACCCAUGAUGUACUUAGCACUCUCUUAUGACCACAGACUGAUAGACGGUCGUGAGGCUGUCCUAUUCUUACGGAAAGUAAAGGCAGGCGUAGAAGACCCUACAUCGAUCUUAGCUGGAGUAUAA